AGAGAGCAUCCUCGUUUCCUCCGCCUUCUUCCUCCUUCCUCCUCUCUCGAUUCUUCUUCUUCACAAGAAUGCCGCUCAAGCAUUCUUCACCUGACACCAUUUCCUCCUCCUCCUCUGACUCAGUCCGCCUCCUUUCCCGCGAAACUCUCCGCAUCAGCGCCUCUCUCGCCUCCCCUCCCGAUGAUCUCCCUCCUCAACCUCUUCCCGAUUCCCACUUUCUUCAUCAUUCAUCUCUACGAUUGAUCUGCUGCGAGGAAAUAGACGGCCGGAGAUGGAAGUACGUCGCCGAGAGCGAUGGUUCUGGCAAAUUCAAGACCAAUUCUUCCAUUCGUGCUAUCAGCUUGGAGUCUCCUCAGACUCCUUUUGAUGAUCUUGGUUCGUUUUUGAGAUCUUAUGUUGUACCUGAAGGAUUCCCUGCAAGUGUUAAUGACUCUUAUGUUCCUUACAUGACAUUUCGAGCGUUGAAGCAUUUCUUUGGUGGAGCCAUGGGUGUGUUUACCACUCAAACCCUUCUCAAUUCAGUUGGUGCCUCAAGGAACAGUUCUGCUUCUGCUGCUGUUGCUAUCAAUUGGAUUCUCAAGGAUGGUGCUGGGCGUGUUGGGAAAAUGCUUUUUGCCCGUCAGGGAAAGAAAUUUGAUUAUGAUUUGAAACAGUUACGGUUUGCUGGUGAUCUUUUGAUGGAGCUGGGUGCUGCUGUCGAGUUAGCUACUGCUGCUGUUCCACACCUUUUUCUUCCUCUCGCUUGUGCUGCUAAUGUUGUUAAGAAUGUUGCAGCAGUAACGUCAACGUCUACUCGUACCCCCAUCUAUAAAGCUUUUGCUAAAGGAGAGAACAUUGGAGACGUCACUGCUAAGGGCGAGUGUGUUGGUAAUAUUGCAGAUCUGAUGGGAACUGGGUUUAGUAUAUUGAUAUCCAAAAGAAAUCCUUCGUUGGUUACAACCUUUGGUCUUCUUUCAUGUGGCUAUCUACUGAGCUCAUACCAAGAGGUUAGAUCUGUGGUACUGCAUACACUAAACUGUGCAAGAUUUACAGUAGCAGUGGAAUCCUUUAUCAAGACGGGUCGGGUUCCCUCACUACAGCAAGGUAAUAUCCAAGAAAAGAUAUUUACUUUUCCAUGGGUGGAGGAUCGACCGGUGAUGCUGGGAGCCAGAUUUAAGGAUGCAUUCCAAGACCCCGGCACAUAUCUGGCAGUAAAGCCUUUUUUCGAUAAAGAAAGAUACAUGGUAACUUACAGCCCUACCAAGGGUAAAGUCUAUGCACUGCUCAAGGACCAGGCUAGCUCAGAUGACAUUCUCAAAGCGGCAUUUCAUGCACAUGUGCUUCUUCAUUUUAUGAAUCAAUCAAAAAGUGGUACCUCAAAAUCGAUGGAGCAACUAGAUCCUGCUUUUGCUCCAAUGGAAUAUGAGCUGGAGUCUCGAAUUGCUCAGUCGUGUGAAAUGGUCUCUACCUCGUAUGGAAUCUUCAAAAGCAGUGCUGCAGAACAGGGAUGGCGAAUGUCAGAAGCUCUGCUAAAUCCUGGCCGGGCUAGGUUAUGUCAUAUGAAUAAGGAGGAGUAA